AUGCUUUACGACCUCAACGUCCCUUGGUCCUCGACCCAAGAUCCAUCCGAGCUCCAAAGGACAAUAUCCUUCCUCUCAGAGUUGGGGUACGAUGUCGUCGCUCUCAACCAUAUAAUAACCGGCACUCUUCCAUCACAAGUCGUCAAUCCAAUCCCUCAAACGCCUCCCUUCAAAGUUCCCUCGAAAACAACCCUCCUUCGCCGUUGCACCGUCCAUCUCUCGGAUCCCUCACUCAACCAUCGACUCCCCGCCCUCUCCUCCGCAUACGAUAUCCUAGCCGUCCGACCUACAAGCGAAAAGGCCUUUCUAGCAGCAUGCCUGAAUCUUACAGAGCACAGCAUUAUAUCACUCGAUCUCACACAACGUUUUCCUUUCCAUUUUAAGCCAAAACCAUUAAUGACGGCCGUCAAUCGGGGAAUUAGGUUCGAGAUAUGCUAUGCUCAGGCUACAAUGGAGGAUGCGGGGGCGAGAAGAAAUUUCAUCAGUAAUUGCUUGGGGAUUAUGAGGGCUACGAAGGGGAGGGGUUUGAUUGUUAGUAGUGAGGCGAAGGCGGCUCUGGGGGUUAGGGCGCCCGCGGACGUCAUUAACCUGAUGGCUGUUUGGGGGUUGGGGAGGGAGAAGGGUCUGGAAUCCUUGACUGUGAAUCCUAGAAGCGUGGUAAUGAAUGAGAGGAUAAAGAGAACUUCGUUCAGGGGGGUGAUAGACGUUAUUGAUGGUGGGGAGAGGGAGCUCAAGAAAGAUACCCAGACUGGCGCUGAGGGGAAAGACAAAGAGAUAUCUACCAGUGCAUCUGAAAUUGGAAAGAAAGGAAAAGGCAAGAGAAAGAUUGACGACAAGGAGGCGAAUGGAGAAUCUACGCCCCAGAUAAGCAAGAGGCAAGCAAAGAAGAUGAGAUUGGAGGCAUUGAAAGCCGAAAAAGAGCUUUCAUCACAAGGAAAGGAAGCAACAUCUUCGAAAGAUUCCUCAGGUAGCCCACAGGAGCUAGGCGCUAACACAAUAAAAGCCAAGGCAAAUGGAUGA